GUUAGGGAUACGAGUUCUUUCAUUACACAUUUACAGAAGGACACUAAAAUGACACGCAGGCGAUUUCUGUGUUUAAUUGUUUGUGUGAGUUUUGUAUCAGUAGCUGGACAAACCUCCCAAUCGACACCCAGUGUCGACAACUCAACUAGCCUUUUCCAAACAACAGACACACUUUCGAAUAACCCUAGUAAUGUCGCCCCUUCAGCACCGACAGUUAAUUCGUCAACAUCUACGCCAGGAAACAGUUCGAUCUUAGCUACAUCAGACGCACAAAGUCAAAAUAUUCCGUCAACGACCACUUUAUCAACCUUACUGUCAACCGGUAUUUUAACGACUCAAACAGAUGUGACAGCAAGACGGGCCAUGCUGACCACGACCACGACCUCAUUGCUGACUGCCCCGGUCAACGAUCAGUCUCAACCCCAAUCUAACGCACAACAACCCAAAGCCCAGUCUAAUAACACACCCAAUACAGCUGGCCCCCAACAUUUUCAUAAUAUUUCUUCAACUAUACCAACGCAGCCGGACCUACAGUCCCAAGCUCAAUCCCAAACAGCGCCCGUGGGAAGCCUUGGCGAAUUUGGCAUGACUAUGACUUGUCCCACACCUGUAGAUAUACCAGGGGCGUCAUAUAGAAUUUUCGGUGCCUUUGCUGUAUAUCAAUGUCGUCCUGGUUAUUUAACUGCUCGUUAUGUUUCUAUGUGUUUACCUGAUUCGACAUGGCUGCCACCAAAUAUUACGUGUAAACCAAAGGAUUGUGGUAAUAAAAUACCAGUUGUUGAUGGUGCUACAUCUACGUAUGAUAAAACGAUAUUUGGAUCUAGUGUGAUGUAUAGGUGUAAAGAAACGGAUGGUUAUCAUUAUGAAAGUGGGACUACAACUGUAACUUGUGGUGCUGAUGGUUUAUGGUCUGAUAUCAAUUUAAAAUGCGCUCUUAAUACAUACAGACCAAUGACGCAGAACUCUCAACAAAUUCCACAAACGUCCAUAAUGCCAAAGACAGAAAAUAGCCUAAUGCGAAAUCUGGGACUUUUUGUUGCAACGGCCGAAUCAGCUUUAUCUUCGAACAAUAAAAUGUCAGCAUUUGAACUUCUGAGUGCUUUCAAGACUCUGCUGUCAGGCCAAUCAGAUAUGGAAACAUUGAACAGCAGUUUAUUCUCAGGGAUAAGUGUUCCUGUUGCACCAACUCCAAUUCCAACAAGUUUUCCCAGUCUGGAUCAACAAUUACCAGGAUCAUUUCCAGGAAUUCCACAACAAUUUCCUCAGCAAAGCAGAUUUUUCACAAAUGCACCUUCCCAAUUCUUUCCACAACAACCACAGUUUCCGCAGUCGAACUAUCAAAACUAUCUGCAACAACAGCAACCACCACAACAGCAAAACCAACAACAGCAGCCGUUUCGAAAUCCUUUCCAACAGCCAAGCAAUCAGUUUCCAUAUAAUCCAUUUCCAUACAAUCCAAACAACUAUCAACAAUAUCCAUCUCAACAAUUUCAACAAUUUCAACAACAACAGUAUAACCCACGACCAAUGAACCCGUAUCCACAACAACCUGGAAUGAAUAUGUUCACUCAACAACAACCUACUGGUAACACGUUUCAGCAACAGCCCACCCAACAGCCUGCUCGAAAUGCCCUGCUACCAAGUGAUACGAAAUCCCAAACAAAUGAACAACAGCCUGACUCGCAACAACAAAAUAAUCUGGUACCCGUCCAAGCACAGCAACAACCUGUCCAGGCACAACAGCAGUCCGUACAGGCACCACGACAACCUGUACAAACACCACAACAACCUGUUCAAACACCAAAACAACCUGUUCAAAAUCCGCAAGUAACACAACCUUUAUUGAACAAUGUUCCACAGCAGCUACAGCCUGCAAACAACAUGCUUGUACAACAGCAGACAUUUGCGAACACUUCUCCGCAAGUUCCAAACCAGUCACAACUGCAAAGUUCAUCAGCACAAAAUCAAUCACCACAGCAACAACCAGCCCACACUAUUAUACAGCAGCCCAAUCAACUGUCUCAACAAACCCCACAACAAUCAAACACAGCCCUUCCACAACAAACUCGACAACAACCACAGUCAACAAAUAAUGUGUUUUCACAGAAUUUACCACAGUCUAACAGGUUUUUACCAAACGAUCCGCGACCACAAAAUCAACCUACACAACAAACGAUCCAAAAUACCAUGCCACAACAACCCACACAGCCACAAACCAAUGUGUUUUCUUCACAAAAUCAGCCGACACAGCAACAAACCAAUGUGUUUUCACAAAAUCUGCCAAACCAACAACCGAUUAGAAACACCAUGUCUCAGCAAAACCCUCAACAUCAGCAACAAUCUCUACACAACACUCAACAGCAGCUGCAACAAAACCCCCAACAGCAGCAACAACCACAACAAAACCCUCAACAAAAGCAACAACCACAACAACCAACACCUCCGUUCAGACAACAACAGCCACAACAACAGACAAUGGGACAGUUUCCACAAAAUCCGAACACCAAUACUAAACCCCAAGCAAACCAGCCCGGAAAUAGCCCAACUCAAGUUUCACGUGCAGAAAUGGAGAAUGCGUUACGUGGAAUUCUGGGGCCUGGUGGUUACAACUCAAUGAGUCCACAGUUAAAAAGGGUUCUGCUGGGACCUAUGCCGGUUACUAAUACAGCACCAACUAACCAACAAGUUAAAACACCAACACAGACCCAACCUCCUGUCACAGAUCCAUACAUGGCAAUGUUAGCUAGUGCCCAGAGUCUAAAUAACAAUAUGAAUAUGAACAACAUGUUUGGUUUCGGUGGACAGCCUCCAAACAACAUGAGCGAUCCUUUCGCAGCUAUGGGAAUGGGUACAGGAAUGGGCUUAGGUGGAGCAUCGGGAAUGAUGAAUAAUCUUAUGAUGGACCCCGAAAUGGUGGCAGAAAUGAAUGAACAGAGAAUGGCAGGUGGUGCUGGUUUAAAUGGAGGAAUGGGUGCAUUGAAUGGAGUAUUGGGUGGUGCAGGAAACAAACCCGGGACAAACCCUUUAGCUGCCAUGUUUGGACCAAGUUUACCGGGAUUCGGUGUUAUGGAUCCUCAAGGUACAAUGCAAGGUGGUGGUACAGGAAAUCCGUUUGAUGCUAUGAUGACUGGUGGUCAUCCAGCUGCUGGCAGUAUGAAGCCCGGGCAACCUGGAGCACAAGACGCCGCCUUAAUGGCUUUAUUAAAUGGAAUGGCACCUGGACAAGGACAAAACCUCGCAGGCGGCACAGCACUAGGUUUUCAACAACCGACAUCGCCUGUUACCGGGGCAGAUCCAUCAGCGACUAAACCAAUACAGCAAGCGCGGACCCCGGCUUCACCCCCACAAGCUCAAUCACCAGUGCAACCAGCACAAUCUGCUUCCUCCAAUAUAGAUACUAAUCCAGGGGUCAAUCCUGCUGCUACAGGUACAUCUGCUACUAAUGGAUUAAAUGCUGAAACCAUGCAAAUGAUGAGGUCAUUGGGCUUAGUCAAAAAAUAAGAUAUUCACUAACUGUGGGUUACUAUAAGAGUUACAAUAUAGAAGUAUUAUUACUGGUGUACAUAUUAGAUAUAACCAACAGUUUUGAAACUACUAUAGUUUGUGAUGUUUAUAACUUGUGCUUUAAGACAUUUAUAUGUUUGUAAUCGA